AUGGCUCAUCAUUCAAAGGCCUAUGUUGGUGAGAAACGCCAUGCUUGUGAACUUUGUUCAAAAGCGUUUUAUCGUAUAUCGGAGCUUAAGAAACACAGAAGAGUCCACACUGGCGAAAAGCCGUAUUCGUGCGAACAUUGUUCAAAGACAUUUUCUCUCACUACAAACUUUAAGACACAUUUAAGAGUCCAUACUGGUGAAAAGCCGUAUUCGUGUGAUUAUUGUUUGAAGGCAUUGUCUUCGAGUUCGGACUUAAAGAAGCAUUUGAGUGUCCACACAGGUGAAAAGUCUCAUUCGUGUGAACAUUGUUCAAAGUCGUUCACUCAAUCAUCAGAUUUAAUGAAGCAUAUGAGAGUCCAUUCUGGUGAAAAGCCGUUUUCGUGUGAAUAUUGCUCAAAAGCGUUUUCUGAUGGUUCAAGCUUCAAGAGACACUUGAGAGUUCAUACUGGGGAAAAGCCCUAUUGUUGUGAAUAUUGUUCAAAGACAUUUAAUAAUGGUUCAAACUUUAAGACACAUUUGAGAGCCCACACCGGUGAAAAGCCCUAUUUUUGCGACUAUUGUUCAAAGGCAUUUUCUGACGCUUCAAACCUGAAGCAGCACAUGAGAGUUCAUACUGGCGAAAAGACUCAUUCGUGUGACUAUUGUUCAAAGGAAUUUACUCAAUCUUCAACUUUAACGAGUCAUAUGAGAACCCAUACUGGUGAAAAACCAUAUUCUUGUGAAUGUUGUUCAAAAUCAUUUUCUCGGGCUUCAAGCUUAAAGCAACACAUGAGAGUUCAUCCUGACCAAAAGCCCCGUUCGAGUGAAUCAAGUUUAAAAGCAUUUUCUGACAAAAAAACUCAUAUUCUUACAAAUUCAUACAAAACAAUAAAAAAUUUUACCUGG